AUGUCGGCCUGCUCCCGGGGAGCGUUGCUCAAGGCCUUUGGCACCAGCACUGUACGGCCGAGCUCGAAGGUCUUCGGUCGACUCGCAUCCGCGACAAUCUUGCGAGCCCACACCGCGAGGACAGGCUCAACUGCAAACUCCGCCACGCGCCACGCCCUGAAACCGCACCGCUAUUUCUCAACGACAUGCCUCCAGCGCCACGCUGCCCCUGAAAAUAUAACUGAUGUGCUGCCUGUUUGCUGUCCGGGAUGCGGCGCCUUUUCGCAAACUGUCGAACCAGAUGAACCCGGCUACUAUGGCGCCAGUCGAAAGCAGACACGGAAACUUCUCGCGCAAAAGAACGCAAAUGACCGGAAGAAUGCGACAUCGGAAGACGCAGCGCGUCAGCCAGUGGAAGAUUUCAAUGAAGCAACAGCUCCUCGGCCUAUCGCAGGUAAUCUACCUAGCAACCAUAUCUCGUCGAACCCCGUAUCGCUGACCACUUCUCAAGAAGGUGCUCUUCCCGAGGAUUCCAUAGAAUCCAGCCCCAACUCUCUUCCCCUGGAGGCGCCGGACCGAGGUAUACAUGUGUGCGAUCGCUGCCAUGAUCUUGUCCACCAUAACAGGGAAUUUGAUACGCCGAAACCCGAUAUCCUUGCCAUCCGAGACUACCUGAAACAAUCGCCUUAUAAAUAUAAUCGUGUCUACCAUAUCAUCGAUGCUGCCGAUUUCCCAAUGUCUCUUGUUCGGCAUAUUCAUGCAGCACUUGCUGUCCAAGAACAGCGUUCACUGAAUCGAAGGGCAUCACAUGAGAAAUACUUCCACGGGAAAAAACUACCUACUCUCAGCUUCAUCAUCACUCGCUCGGAUUUGCUCGCUGCGACGAAAAAUCAAGUAGAUUCGAAAAUGGAAUAUGUCCGAACCGAGCUUCGCAAGGCUCUUGGGCGCGCGGGCAAGGAUGUUCGCCUAGGCAAUAUCCAUAUGAUCAGUGCGCACCGUGGAUGGUGGACUAAGCAGGUCAAAGAAGAGAUUCGUGAGCACGGUGGAGGUAUCUGGGUCGUUGGAAAGGCAAAUGUGGGGAAAAGUAGCUUCAUUCAAGCUUGUUUUCCCAAGGACAUGAGGAAUAUCGAGGACAUGGCGCAGUGGAUCGAAGAACAGGGAAAGAGGAAUGAGAUCCCCAAUCAGCGACUGGCAACUCUAUACGACCACGAUAGUCUUCUCCCCCCUGCGCCCCGUGAGCAUCAGUUUCCCGUUCUUCCGGUCGUUUCCUCCAUGCCAGGAACCACAGUCUCGCCCAUUCGCAUUCCAUUUGGUCGCGGCAAGGGCGAGGUCAUUGAUCUUCCCGGUAUGGAACGAGGCGAACUUCAGGAUUUUGUUCGUGAUGAACGCAAGCGUGAUCUGAUGAUGACAAAGCGAAUCAAGCCGGAACGCUGUACUAUCAAACCGGGCCAGUCACUUCUCCUUGGCGGCGGCCUUGUUCGGAUUACUCCCGUGAACCCCGAGCAUACCGUUCUUGCUGCCUGCUUUGUCCCGAUCGAGACCCACCUGACUAAAACGGAGAAAGCAAUCGAGAUUCAGAAUGGGCGACGGCCGUAUUCUGGCACCGUUCUCAUGAAAGAAGAAGCUUGCUACACUAUACUCUCGGCCGGGAAAAUCGACUUGCAGUGGGAUGUUACUCGAUCAAAUCUGCCAACGUCAGUCGUCAAGGCAGUGGAGGAUCAUGAUGCACCCAUUCCCCAAUUGCCAUACCAAGUCAUGUCCGCCGAUAUUCUCAUCGAGGGCUGUGGCUGGAUUGAAAUUAGCAUCCAAAUUCGCGCCAAGCGUAAUGCCGAAGACAACCCGACAGCUUUUCCUCAAGUUGAGGUUUUCACUCCUAACGGAAAACACAUUGGAUUUCGGCCGCCAAUCGAAUCUUGGAAUUUCAUUGCAGAGAAGCUCAAAGCGGACAAGCGCAAGAGACCGCGCACGAGGCACCGGUAUAGUAGGUAG